AUGUCGAACCUUUUGCGCAGGGCAUCUGAUGCUUUACAUCUCCAUCAGCGGAAGGAUUCUGAGGACUCGGUGAACCAGGAUUCUGUCGUGAACCCAUCCCAGGAACCACAAGAGCCGCAGAACCCGCAGUUGCCUCAAGUGUCACAGGAGCCACAAGGGGAUAAGGCUGAGCCUGCAUCUCAGCCUGAAGCAGAGGGAGAUAAUAAAGAUAAAGCCGCGUUCGUAUCCGAUGUAGCAAAUGCCCCUCAUCACCACCACUGGGGGGGCUUCCUCCGUCGUUCGAGUGAGGAAGAACGGGAAAAGCGUCGAGUGAGCCAACAAGAUAAGUAG